ACUUGAGCUGGUUCUCUAUUAAGGAGUCGUACCAGGUGAGGGAUGCUUUAUAUUCCAUUUUAGUUAGCCUGGAUGAAUGCAGACGUCCCCUUUAUUUUCUAAAGUCUUCUCUUUUUAAAGCCGGCAGCCCCUUGCUGAGUUGGUCGCAAUCAUUGUUUCUCUGCAGCAUUAACCACAUUCCACAGAGGCGCAGUACACCCGGUCUCCAUCCUCGCAUUCCUGCCACACAAAAAAGUCCCUUGAAUGAAAUGGGAUUUGUUUGUGUUUUAGGAUGCUUUAUUAUUAAUAACGUUCACAUGGGCGUUACAUGCAUUACAUAUACAUUUGUACCUAACUUACUUUUUAAGCAAACUACGGAGAAAUUGCAUUUAGCGCAAAAACUAACAAGGAGAAAUUCCUCCGCGCAGCGCGCCGUUGACUGUAAAGACCUUUCAACUUAACAAAAACCCAAGUUGACAAACGUAUCCCUGCCGGCUGAAACGGUAAGAAAGAGUUUGUUUUUUUCCACUGGACGUUGCCGAGCAAAGGAAGAGGAUGUGUUCAACGAUGGCGCACACUGAAAACAGGCAGUUUUCCUUAAAUGAGCAGCGGGUGUACCUCCGCGUUUUGUUUUGAUUUCCAUGUGAAACGCAAUUAGCGCUUCGCAGUGCUAGCUUGUUGGACAUCGGCGCACACACUACUUGUUUUAAGCUUCGGAGGCGAAACAUGGAGCACUAUCAACAGGAUUUAGGACUAAGGACCACGAGUCUGAUGGAGGACCUUUCCCUGUAUGAUGCAUACAAUGAUGGGAUGUACAAUACGAGAAGAGACUUAGACUUCCCUGCUCCUAAUGUGGAGCAUGCAAGUGCACCAAUGAACGGAUCGUCUGUGCUUCUCCAGCAACAUCACACAGUGGAGAAUUUUACAUGUGGAAGUAAAGUGUACAAUGCUGCUCCGGUGCGGCCGGUGAACUGUAACCGAGCUGUGUCUGCGGAUUUUUGUGCGCCUCAAAGAGACACGCUGUACGGUGAAGAGGGUUGUUGCACCCAGUCUGAAGUAGCACUGCCGUGUUACACAGGCGAGAGACAUCGGAGGUAUUCCCUGGAAGUGUUGGGCCACAGGUACAGCACCGGCUCCUCUUUUGACGGUGUUUCACUCAACAAACCCGCGGCAGUGUCCAGCAACAGGUGCAACAGCGUAUGCAUUACAAGCAAUCAUGAUUGUAAAUACAAUGCAACCAGCCCGCGAUCCAGUCUGGCGUCUUCUCUGUCCUCUCAAGAGCAAAGCAAGCACGCCAGUCCCAGGUCAAGCAUUAGCAGUCCUCGCACGAGUCUUGUGGUCCCGGGCCCAGACAGGUACACGAGUCCUAGGUCUAGUUUAGUUCACUGCGAGGGAAACGGCAUAAUUAGUCCUAGGUCUAGCUAUGCAAGUAGCGCUAGCGACACAAGUAAACAGUCUAGCCCAAGGGCCAGUGUAAACAGCUGUGACUGUUGCAGUAAGCCCAGUAGUAAUCGCACCAGUGGGAUAAGUAUGGGCUACGAUCAGAGGCAUACUAGCCCCCGGUCCAGCACAGCUAGCCAGUACUCCUUCACUACCAGCCCCAGGUCAAGCUACUCUGACUCCCGCUAUGGGCCCAUGCUCAACCACGACAUGGAUGGGGGCAUUUUACACGCGCCCCCGUUGGCCAGCCCUCGAUCCAGCAUCUGCAGUCAGGAUGGCACUUCUCGACCAGGACCCACUACUAAUUCUGUGGCCAGUCCCCGCUCCAGUAUCUCCAGUCACAGCUCCAGAAGUUCUCGCAGCUCUAGAGGGUCAAUGAGCACUUAUCCGGACUUACAAAUGCCGUCGCCCCGUUCAUCUAUGCUGGGCACCAAUUUGCAGGAGGACACGCUUCUACAGGAUUAUGGGGACUCAAGUGGCCUUCAGACCCGUGUGCACCUCCAAGGACUUUUGCCAGUUCCAGAUGCGCAGCAGCUGUCCUGUGGCCCUGGAGAAGCGAGUGGCGGUUCAUCCUCAGUAGUUGGUUACAACGCGAAGUCAACGGGCCAAAGGAUGAAACUUCCCUACCAGGUGACCCCCGGUAGGGAAAAUGGGCCCAGCCAGGCUGAGAAGCGGCUAGAGGCGCUCACACUGGAACUCGAGAAGGAAUUGGAAAUGCACAUAAAAAAGGAAUAUUUUGGAAUCUGCGUAAAAUGUAGCAAGGGUGUGUAUGGAGCGAGUCAAGCGUGCCAAGCCAUGGGCAAUUUGUACCACACAAAUUGCUUCACCUGCUGCUCUUGUGGUAAGUUCAGUUUAACUUGCUAUAAAUAUUAGGGGUGAGACGAGACCAAAAUUGGGUCAGCAAGAUGAGAUUUUGAUAUAAUUUACAAUAAUAGAUGCAUUUCAUAAUUUUGCCCAAAUUAUUUUAUUAUUUUUAUAUUAUUAUUUUAUGGCUAAAUCUAAGUAGUUUUUAUAUGUUUAAGCUUUUGGUACCAAUUGAUAUCUGUUACAUUUAGAACUAUUAAUUUGAACAUCGUCUGUAGUUUAUUUACAUAAAUAUAAGAAAAAAUGUAUUACAAGUUUUUAAUUCUGUAAUCUUUUCAUAUUUUAUGUGUAAAUAUUGGACAUUUGAAAAAGGGAUUGAAUUCAGGUUUAAAUUUCUUGCUUCAUUUUGGAGAGUUUGAUGUGUGUAGAUGCUACUUAAAGGGGUGAUCUUCAUGUCCCUGUUUGUGAAAACACCAUUUGAAGUUACAGUGUUGCAUAAAUUUGAUUCAAGUGCAUGUUAUUUUUUGUUGAAAAUAUUUAAUUUUUCAUUUUUAGUUAUCUGUGGUGUAAGAUCUAAAAAAUUUUCAAAAAAUCAAACAAAAAAAAAGACACUCCAUCUGUUUUUAAAAAGUCUUUAAAAAUUCUUCAUAGCAUCUUGGCACUAUGCACCUAUGCAUUUCAGCCAACACAGCCUUCAUCAGGGCACAAACCCAGGUAAGAGGUGGGCACUCAGCUAUAUAGCUAUAUUAGGUGGUGUGUCCAUGGUACAGACACCACUUUUUUCUUGUCUUAAUUUCUCCACAUUUUGGUGUUUUAACCUCACAGAAAACUACUAAAAUAUUUAAGUUAAAAAGAACCCUCUGUGUAAAGAGUACCUGUCUAAAAAAUGAACUAGUAUCCAUACAGCACUUCUCAUCAUAUUCUUUGUGCAGAAAAUUUAGUUUUGACCAUGUUAUAACUGUCUUUGUAUUUCAUUUACUUAGGGAGUAUGCUUCAAUCAAAAUAUAACUAUCUCCUCCCAAUGCUCUCAAAUUAUUUCCAGUAAAUCAAGACUGGGUCAUACAUGUAGUGUCACAUAGCCGUAUUUCAACAUAAACAAUCUGCUGCUUGCUAUGGUGAAAUACUCUUCACAUUCACAGCUGUGAUCCAGUCAAAAGAAUAUAAUAUAAAUAACUUUCUGGUCACCGGUGUCAAUGUGAGGUGUUUUAGUUUAGUAUUCUCAUGCUUUGUGACUUGACUUGAGUGACUUGAGUGACUAAGAUGAAGAAGAGCUGCUUUUGCUCAGCUAUGGACCACGUAUAUGUUCCCCACAGCUCUAUGUUCCUCCUCCUCCUGGUCCUCUCACAUUUAAAAGAUAGUUUUGAAAGUAAAUCCAUAACCCCUAUCCUCACUCUGGCCCUAACCAUAAUCUCAAAACCAGGCCCUAACCGUAACUACCCUACAACCCAACAAUUAUGAACAAAGACCUACAGGAACAUAGAACCCUGUUUUUAAAAAUGUCUUACAAACAUGGGGACAUAAGGCAGAACCCCACCUGGAUCACACUGACAUUACAUAAAGCUAGCUCGGCGAAAUGUUUGCUUUUUGAUGGCUACAUUAUCACCUGAGAGAAGCUCCUACAUGACUGACAUGUCUUGAAUUAAGAGGGGUAAUUUGAAACCCAAACUCGGCCCUUCCCUGUCCAUUGAAAGUUGUGAAAUGCACUUAUAAACUUAUUGUUGUUUUCUUUAAUAAGACUGUAAAAAUCAAGUACAGCAGCUUUAAAUCUGACCCUAAAGUCAGUGUAUGACUUGUGUCAGUAAUGUUCCUGUUACUUGACUCCAGCCUCCCUCUUCAGUUUCCUGAGCAAAUAAGAGGAAGAUGUCUAGAGAAAGCCUUUUAACCAUGUUGUGUCCAUUCAUAUGUGAGAUCAACCACCCCACCCCCAAAGGCACUAUGAACUGCCUUUAAUUUACAUGUAGCCAGAGCCGCAUACUUACCCAUUUAUUAUGUCUGAAGAGAGCGCGGCCAAAUGACUAGUGUCCAGUGGCUGAAGUUGCUUGAGUUUGAUUCUGUCCUGGUAAAGGUGGAUCUGAGGAUUGAAUUCUUCUUUAUAAUAUAAGCUUUUCAUUGACUAUUUGCUUUUUAUUUUUAAUUUCAUCAAUACCACACAUUAUGACUUGGCUUGCUAUGAGUGGCUUGUCUUCAUAAUUUAAAUUUUAUGAGUGAACAACCAAGAAUAAGCAUGGAGAAUAUGGAUAAAAUUAAUAACAUGAUUUAGAUCAAGAUUACUUUACUUGUCCUGACUCCCAAAGUCAAUUUGCCUUAGACACCCUAGCUGCCAUAUAGAAAAAUACACACUUGCUUCUCCAGUGGGUUUAUUUAGUGAUGUCAGUUUUAUUUUGUGUAUUCAUCUGACUUCCUGUGAAUGCAAAGGUUUUAUGUCAUGCUUUAAAUGUAAAGACUUUAAAAGGAUAGCUAAAUCUAACUAAAUUAAUCUAGUGAGUCAGUGUGCACCAAGUAUGGUGUCCUGUAGGAUCCAGGGCUGUAGGAUCUGGCUAAGUUUGCUGAUACAUGGCUCUCUGGUAGCCUUGGGCUUUGUUUAGCCAUGCAUAAUUGAGCCCUCUCUUGGCUUACUCCCAUGGUUGCACCCUUUUUCAUGAAAUGGCCAAGAAUGCAAAAACUACCCCCUCCACUUCAGCUGGCCUUCCUCAGAGGAACUCAAUAGGCACUUUACCAUAGGCUUUUGGGUUCAGGCAGUGUCUGCACAGAAUGGUACGGUUGGGUUACUGGAGGAGUUGAGGUCCAAGGGACAGGGGUCUGCUUCAUGAGCAGGUGAUGCUAUCUAAACCCAACAUUUUGUUAUUAUUAACUCUAAUUCAUACCUGAAACUGGGGUUAAAAAUUGAUGACCAGAUACUAAUUGAUAAUAAAACUAGUAUCGACACUAGAUAAUCAUUCAAACAAGUAUCAAUACAGGACCCCCUAAACUGAAGUGGCACACAGUACUACUUUGAAACAAUCAUGGAUUUUUCCUAGAGGCACACUUGCAAAAAAGGGGUUGAGGUCUGUGUAAUGCAUUGAGUUUGGUUGGUGUUGGAUGCAUUGGUCACUGGAUAUACUAUGCUUUUAAUCUCAAAAAGAGUGCUGUUGAACAAUAAAAUAAAAAGAGCUGUUUCUAGCUUGGUUACAAGCUUUGUUUUGCUAACCAUGUUGGCGCAACAUUUAAGAUGCAAUCUAUGGGACUCUGGCUUUUUUUUUUUUUUCGCAUGUCAUGGACACGUGACCACAACUGAAUCACGUCCACCUCUGUAUUUGACCUAUGUGAAUGUAAUUAGUGGUGGUGAUUCAAAUUUCAACUCUGUCAGAUUGAGCAUAUGCAUUUUAAAUGUUUUUUUUUAGAAGUCUUUGUUUCCCUGCUCGCCAACCGUGAAAAAUGCCCAUGUCCAAAAUGUUUUUGUUUUUUUUGCUUCUUGUCAAGCAUAAAAUGUAAUCGCUAAUUUUGGAUGAAGUCAUCCAAAGUCAGGAAAUUACAGUGUUUUUUGCUGCUCUGCUAUGUGGAAUCCGUAAGGAUAAUGAUAAAUUAAUUAUUUAUUUUUUUAUUCAGUGUCACUGGAUGUCGCAUGCUGAAUUUGAGCUUAUCUGGACCAAAAACGUAGGACUAGAUAUGUUUCAUAAAAAUCUGAUUAGAGCAGUGCUCUAAUUCAACUUUUGUUUUGUCUUAUUGUUCUCUAUCACUAUUCUGAAUUUUAUUGGUCUACACCAUACUUUGCUUGUCGCCACUCCCAUAAGAGCCCACUUGAAGGUGACACUGUUGAGAUGAGUUGUCUUGCGAUGCCCAUUUUAUCAAAUUUUCACCGGAGAGGUUGAUCCUAUACUCAGUUUGGAGACUUUCUGUGAAUUUUCCGGGGGUCAAAGAUGAAAUCAUUUGGUCCGAAAAAGAGGAAUAAUAAGAAACCAACUAAG